CGGCGUCUACAGAUAUAAAACCGAAAGGCCGCGUUGAAAUCGAUCAGAAGUGUUUACCUCUGGAGGUGGAAAGGCUCAAUGAGAAACGCACCGGCAGCUUUACCUGUUUAAGUCACCCUUCAAAUUUCAUAUUUCGUGGUAGUGGGUGACUCCGAGGGGCAUAUUUUAAGAGAAUUUCAUCCCUGGAUCACUUAUUAACAAGCUAUGUCGUUUUGGGAUACUUUUCAGAACCUAGAAGCUCAUGUAAAAACGAAGAUCCUUACAGAGCUUCAAACCAUUUUUGGCGGAUCGUUUGAAUUCGAGGCGUGCAUUUACUUGAUGCAGUGGUUGGUUCUUCAGCCUUGGGAUGAGGCAAUCGACCCAAAUCUUCAGGGAUCAAGUGUAAUAAAAGCUAAACAGUUAAUGGAUGCUACCAUAUCCCACCUGAAUCAACAUAAACAAAAGCUGGAGGGUCUAGCUGCAACUAUGAAUGAUUUCCACAACAUGUUAAUAGCAAAGAAAGUUGAGGAGGUGCUACAUAAAAUAGAGGAGAGCUAUGGUAAUGAUCCAGUGAAGCUUGCUCAGUAUUUUUAUGGGGUUGUUUCUAAACUGAGAGAAUUGGUCCAGAAUGCAGUUUCUAUUUCAUUGGAAUCAACAACAACGAUAGAUAUGGAGGACAUGGAUACUGAAGAAAGUGCUCCAGACCCACAUGUUGCUCUGCGCAAGCAACUGGAUGUUCUUGUCAAGGAUAGUCAGAAAAAUGAUACCUUCUUGAAAGAAAUUGAGCAGCUAAAAGAACAGUAUGUGAUAAAGUUCCAGGAAGUGAGUGGGAAAAUAGAUAAAUAUCAACAGGAAGCCCAAAAGGUACAAAACUCUUCACAACUCAAUGAAAAUGAAAAGAAACAAAGGAUAGAACACAUCAAGCAAGAGAUAGAAAAAAUUCAACAAGAAUUAAGCAAGAUGGGGGAAGAAUUGUCAAUCACCAAAAGACUGGGCUUCAUUGAAUGCCUCUGCACUCAUCUGAAGAAGUUAUCUGAAAUAGUAAAGACUAAUUUUGAUGAGAUUGCUGAGUGGAGACAUUUACAGCAGAGAUCCCUGUGUGGUUUUAAGUCUCCACAGUCACUUGACAAACUACAAGAAAUUUGUGAAACACUUGCUGAACUUCUGUGGAAAUUGUUUCAACAAGCUUCUCAGCUGGACAAUCUUUUCCAUCAAGCAUUUCAGGGGAAUGAAUUAGAACUGAAGCGAAUGGAUAAUGUUAAAACAUCUGCAAGAAACCUCAUGAAACUGUUCUUGACUAAGACAUUUAUCAUAGAGAAACAACCUCCCCAAGUCCUGAAGAUUCAAACAAAGUUUGGAGUUGUGGUUCGGCAUCUUCUUGGUGGAAAACUGAAUAUCCAAACCCAUCCACCAGAGGUUACCUGUACACUAAUUUCUGAAAAGCAAGCACAAGGUCUUAAUGUUGGGAAUCGCAAGAGCAGUGUAUCAUCAAACAACAGUCCUGUUUUGAACAACAAGAAGACACUGGAAUUCAAUCAAGUGACAGGGAAGCUGAUUGGUGAAUUCAAAAACUUGUCCUUGGCCAAAGCCACAAGACAGGGCGGUAAGAACAAAGAAGUAGUGACAGAAGAGAAGUCAGCAUUACUCUUCUCCACGCAGAUCAACCUCGGAAAGGAAAUAUUCAAUAUAACGGUGAUUUCGGUUCCUGUGGUUGUGACAGUUCAUGGCAAUCAACAGUGUGAUGCUGAAGCAACUGUUUUCUGGGACAACGCAUUCGCCGACAAGGAAAGGAAACUUUUUGAUGUUCCCGAUCAAGUUGAAUGGCCCCGCUUUGCAGAAGCUCUGAACAAAAGAUGGGCUCUCAACAAUCAAAUCCAACUUAGUCCUGAAAGCUUGACCUUCUUGGGGAAAAAGAUUUUUCCAGGCAAAAUGGAGGGAGGUAUGGACAAUGCCAUGAUUACAAGACAGCUCUUCAACAGGGAUCAUAUGAACGGCCGCUCAUUCUCGUUUUGGAAAUGGUUUUACGGAGCCUUAGAUGUGGUGUCAAGACGGCUGCUGGACGAAUGGAGGGACGGACGCGUGGCUGGUUUUAUCAGCAAGAAUGAUGCGCAUGACAUUUUAAGAGGCUGUAAUUCUGGCACGUUCCUGCUGAGGUUCAGUGAGACAGAGAUUGGUGGAAUUAGUGUCGCCUAUGUUAAUACCUUUGACGGUGGUCCUUGUGAAAUUUUCGAUGUGGCUCCAUGGACGAACGCGCAUUUGCAAAUGCGAAAAUUCUCUGACCGACUAAAAGACUUGGGAGAACUUGUUCAGCUUUACCCUAACAUAGCUAAAGAUGACGCUUUUGGUCCGUAUUAUACCAAUGACGAAAACCAAGAUACUGAUAAUAAUGAUUAUCAGCAAACUGUACUGGCGGUCAGGCUGGCAGGGAGACAGGGCGGCAGGAGUCCUAUGUACCCGGCUGGAAGGGACUCUUCCAUGGAAACUCCGCCAUCAAGUUCGUAUCCAUUUCAUGGCUUUCCAGAUAUGUCAUUGUACCCAGGUUCCCCUGCCUCCCCGCCCUCGCCCCAGUCUGUCGCCAGCUCUACCGUUCUGGAUGGAACAGAACUCGGUUUAGGUAACCAGGAAAUUGUCGGGGACUACGGACAGUUGGCGCCUGAGCUGGCAUUGAGCAAUGUGUUCCUGAGCGGCCUUCAGACUGGUGGACCUUCUAGUUAUAUGGCGGCCAUGGCAGCCGCGAUGGGUGAGGAUUUUGCUGAUCUCUCAAUUUUCAAUGACAUUAAUCCUGCGCAGCCGCAGUAGGGGCUAGUUACGAACCUUGGAGACAGUCGAGGAAAGGAGUCGUGAAAAAUUGACGUAUGUUGAAAUCGUACAGGAUGGGUCCACUCUUGUAGUCCAGGGGGAUGGAAUAUAAAGGUUUUCGUAUCCUUGCUCAGAAGACCCACCCCGAAACAAAAUGAGAGAAGUGAACGUAAUUCUCUUCAGAAUCGAAGCUCUUUUCCCAGGCUUAAGAGGGACCAAAAGUUUUGUCUUUCAUUACGUCAAUUUUCUGACAGUUCAGUUUUAAUCGGGAGUUAGUCGGUGCAGGAUUUAACCUGUGUUGACAAUUUAGCUAAAUGUAGAUGUGGUAAACAGUUUCAGUUUUUCAAAGCACUAUGCUCUUGAUCCAUAUGCAUUGUCUUAGUUUGUCCCAGCAGGGGGGGGCACUAUACAGCAUAUGCUAAAACCUGGCACUCGCCGGAGUUAACCUCAGGGAAUAGUUAAGAGGGCUGAACUGUCAUCCAUUUGGCCAAACUCGAGAAUCGUACUGCAGAUGCGUAUUUUUUGUCGAUGCCGAUCAAACAAAACUGAAGUAGGUAAAAGGCAUGGCACGCACGACUCACAAAAUCUCUUUUCUUUGCGUAGAGUGUUGUAUUGUAUUAUUCAAAGAAGCCGCUCACUGUGUGGUUUGUUCUUCGUACUGGAAAAAUUGCCACAAUGUGCUCUAAAAGUGUCCAUGGCCUUUGGGUAUUUAUUGAACGUUAUUGGGGGCUUUAUUUUACUCGCCGUUAUUUGUUUUAAUUUUUAUAUACCGCCUUGUUUUUUUUUUAAGGAUUACAACGAAUGUGAGAUAAAGCGGUCGUAAUGUUUUCUGAUUUUAAGACGGUUGUCCGGGCUGAAACUAAGGAAUAGAAAUACUUUUUACGACAAAAAGGUUUUAAAUUAUUUGCACUUUUAACCGUCAACUGUUUAUUUGCAUAUUAUGUGGUGUGCUGGAUUUAAUUCCUCUUGUAGCCAAAAUAACUGUUUGUCACUGAACUGAAGUCCUUCGUAAUCAUAGGAGAUUGACACGUUCAUUUCGCCACAGAAUAUAUUAUAGGUAUACAAUAUUGAACAAAUAAUAAGGCAUUUACAUUAGCCACCUUUAUCUUUUCAAGAUUAAGUGGUAAGGUAACUUAAUAUAUUGGUAAGACGUAAAGGAAUUAUUAGUUAUCGGAGUAGGUAAAUUUUAAGCCGAUCCGCAGCAAAGUGCAUUGCCGUUCUCCAAGGUUCGUAAACUAUACCUUAACUCUUGCAUAAUAUGUCAGUUCGGUGUGUGUAGAUGUUAAUUCCUAUUUUGGGACUUUUACUACACGCAAGUUAUAUGGUUAUUUUGAUUUUAUGGUUUUGUUAUCUUCUAUGUUUCACGAUGGAUUAACUUACGUUACUAAACUGGCGGAAUUCUUUAGGGUGUAGUACAGUAGUAGUCGAAAUCUAUGGUUUUACGACUUUUAUUUUGUUUAGAGGGGAAAAACAGCUCUGAGUUUAAACUUUAUUGAACUGUUAGCAUGAACGUGUGGUGCUGGCCUUACUCAUAAUAUGGCCAAGCCUGUAAAAAAUUUUCCUCUUAAAGUGAUUGACAGACGUUAAGCUGAAACUUUGCCUUGAAGAACAAAGGUUCAAACGUUUCUUCUGAAACGUUUUUUGUAUUUAAGUGGUUGUCACUGCUAAGAGAAUUCGCAGUAAUCUCAUUUUGUAAUCUGUUUAAAUGACCCAUGGAGAAUGCUCAUUGCUUUAGGUGUUUAGAAUUUAUGUAAUAUUGAAAAUUCUAGAGGAUCGUAGUAUUUGUAAACAAAGUCAGCAGUCAACUAUUAAAUAUUAAAAUUUGAA